UGUUCUGCUAGCGUCUGCCACUGACAAGUUAGACCGGUUUGUGGGGACUAGACUCGAUGAAGCUAUAGAAAUGAGUCGAGCUUUUGCGUUGUAUCUCCUGCUGUUAGUGCUUACCACGACGACCACUGCCGACGAUGGUGAUCUAGACGACCUUAUCAAUAGCCUAUUUACCAAAGAACCACCCAACACUGGUGUCAACGCAGGAACCACACCACCUCCAGCACCCAUUGCACCACCUGUUGGAUCACAGGCAGCUUGCCAACCCGGUCAAAGAUGUAUUCAGAAAUAUCUGUGUACGAACGCCAGCACUUCUGGAGAAGGACUAAUUGACAUCCGUUUUGACGAUGACAAUCCCUGUGUUGAUUAUCUUUUACAGUGCUGCUACGAGGAAGAUAUUAUCCAAGCUCCUCCGCCACCGCCUACACCAAAACCACCAAUAGAUCCAGUUCUGGUCAAUCCGGUUUGUGGCAAACGCAACACUGAUGGUAUUGGCUUUCGCAUUGUCGGCCAGAAAGAUAGUGAGGCCGAGUAUGGCGAAUUCCCGUGGAUGCUAGCAGUUUUGCGACAAGAAAGUGCCCUGGAUCAGGUGGUGAAUGUCUAUCUCUGUGGAGGGUCGUUAAUUCAUCCGAAAGUUGUGCUGACAGCAGCUCAUUGCUUGCACAACAGGUCGCCCUCCCAGCUAAAGGUCCGUGCCGGAGAAUGGGAUACUCAAACAACGAAUGAAAUAUAUCCUCAUCAAGAUCGUUCAGUAGUUGAAAUGAUAUCGCAUCCAGACUACUAUAAAGGUGGAUUGUAUAACGAUAUCGCUCUUUUGUUUUUGGACUCGCCAUUUACCCUCAAUGAAGCAAUCCAAACAGCUUGUCUGCCACCACAAAACACAAAAUUCGAUCUUCAGAGAUGCUACGCAUCAGGGUGGGGCAAAGAUGUUUUUGGAAAAUCUGGAACUUACCAGGUUAUAUUAAAGAAGAUCGAUCUGCCAAUCGUUCCAUCAGGGCAGUGCCAGGCGUCUUUGAGAACUACAAGGUUAGGUUCGAAGUUCCUACUGCACGAGAGCUUUAUCUGUGCCGGCGGGGAACAAGGAAAAGAUACAUGUAAGGGAGACGGAGGCUCUCCAUUGGUAUGUGCCAUUCAGGGCUCUCAUGAGCAUUACUACCAGGCCGGUCUUGUAGCGUGGGGUAUCGGGUGUGGCGAAAACCAAAUUCCGGGAGUGUACGCUGACGUUGCCCAUUUCCGAAAUUGGAUCGAUCAACACAUGCAAACUCGCCAACUGGACAUCAGCAGUUACACACCCUAAAGUCAAUAUCGGUUCGUUUCCCUUUACCAAUGGCCAUUCACAUCAGCAGGAACAUCUAUCUAGUAAGCUAAGAGAUAUUCGGUCGUAAGUUAUUGAAAUAAAGACGAUUUAUAAAAACAUCAAGCUUUGUGGGAAUUCCUGUGUUUUGUGUUUACUGAUUGAAGAUGAUUAUU